AAAAAAGCUCGCGCCACCACCACAACAGGAAGAAGAAGUAGUAGUAGUAACCAAUAUAGCGCAUUUUAAGCUCAGGUUGUGUCGGUCAAAUCAGAUUAUUGGGAAGGUAAACUGGAUUCUGACGUAAACGGAUUAAAAGCCCGUCAGAGGAGCAUCGCAUGUGCUGCUCUCGUUCGCUCGCGGUCAGCAGUUACUGUCGGUGAUAGAGGAGCAGCACGAGCAGCAGCAGCAGCAGCAGCAGCAGCGCGUGCCGCCUCUAGUCAACAAACCCUCCUCUUCAUCCCUCUCUCUCAGGACUGGAGCAUGAACCCUCAGAUAUUUCUCUGCGACUAACCAGGACGGUAACAUGGCUUCGUUUCUACAGGUGAGGCUGUGCCCGCUGUCGGCUUGUCCGCGCAUUUCUUUUUGCAUUUUGAUAACUUGUGCACUUGUCAGGGUGUGGUUGUGCCCCCGUGCGAUGCAGGCCUGUUUUGAUGGGCACGAGCUCUCUCAUCAGGAUUGUUACUGUUGUUGUUUGCCGUAUUUACCAACCAAACCUGAGUCACGUGUGCGCAGGGAUAAACAGGUGGUUGAGAGCAUCUAGAUUGUUAAUGGUUGAGAGGCUCAGUGUUGCCACCGGGGAGAGCAGGGAAAAGCUUUACUGUGAUUAAUAAUGCGUCUUUGGCGCACGGUCUGUGUCAGUGCCAAACGUUUGCUUUUUCUUGAACCAGAUUGCUGAUGAUGAGAAAGGCUACGACUUGGACCUUUUCUGUGUCCCCAGACAUUAUGAAAACGAUUUGGACAAGGUGAUCAUCCCCCAUGGACUCAUCAUGGACAGGUAAAACAAUCAGCAGCUAAAUGCUCACCUGGUACACUCCCUCUGUUUCACCUGGUACACAGCACCUAAUGUGUGUGAGGACUAUUGAGGCGCACUAGACUGUAUUUGUUUGGCAAAUCAGUAUAGCCAACAUCCUGAACUGUGCUUGAAUAUGUAUGGGGGGAUAGAGUAUAGUAAGUGCAGAGGUCUUAGAUGCAUUUAAGCAAAUGUGUUUAAGUGCACCAUCAUCCAUCGUCACUGCUGUUUCUUACACAGUUGUGUGUUGCAGGACAGAGCGCCUUGCCCGGGACAUAAUCCAGGACAUGGGGGGACACCAUAUUGUUGCUCUGUGUGUUCUUAAAGGAGGCUACAAGUUCUUCGCAGACCUCCUGGACUACAUUAAAGCACUUAAUCAGAACAGCGAUAAAUCAGUCCCCCUGACAGUGGAUUUCAUUAGAGUGAAGAGCUACUGUGUAAGCAGCCUUUUCUCAUUUCAUUUCCUGGAACCACUUGUGCUGAUUCCAGAGAUGGAUGUGUGUGUAUGUGUGUGUAGAACAACUAAGAAUUAUUUAAAUCAAUCAGUAUUAAAGGGGUAGCCCACAAAUUUCGGUGUGGGCAUCUUCAAACUGAAGUGUGUCCAGGAUAAGCAUUUUUUUUUCCAUCAAAAAGGAUAGGAUUACUUUGAGACUGUGACCACACAGGGAUACAUAAUGUUGCCUCUCCUUUCUCUAUGCUCUAGAAUGACAAAUCAACAAACUGCGUCAAAGUCAUAGGAGGGGAUGAGCUGUCCAAUCUCUCAGGCAAGGUGAGUCUCUCUGUGUUAAGUCAGGCAGAAAUACUUGCUACAGUCUUAAAUCUGCGCACCUCAUCAAAUGUUCUGUCCCCUUUUUUUGCAGAAUGUUCUGAUUGUUGAGGUAAGACAUGUCUUUUUUCUGACUAUAGAUGAUUGAUUAUGGUUGUUAUUGAUGGUUCUCAAAGGAAUAAAACCAUAACAAUAAAACAAAAUGAUCUGAAAUGUUUUCUACUUGUAUCAUCUUGUGGUAUACUGUAUAAUGUCAUAUUUACAGCCUUGUAAUGGUUUACAUUUUGGUGUUGCAUUGAUUUUGCUUAAUCUUGCACAGUCAGUUUUAGCUUUGCGAAUUUAGAUUUAAAACAUGUUUGUGAAUAUAAAAAAGCAAAGCCCAUCUGUUUCACAGUUAGGACAUUUUUUUUGUCUAGUUGUGCCCCCUUUCAUUUUCAUUUUGACCACUUUCUGUUUUUUUUUUAAGGAUAUUGUGGAAACAGGAAGGACGAUGCAGACGCUACUUUCCCUGCUGAAUGAAUGUAACCCCAAAAUGGUUAAAGUUGUGAGGUAGGCACCACCAAAUACAGUCAAGGGAGCUGAGUUACAAGCUCCACCUUUAACUGGUUAGUAUGUCAGCUGAGAGAGUGCUUGUGUAGCCGUGCUCUUAGCUAAUGGACACUCUCCUUUAGGCCUGUAUUAGAGAUGUAGUGUGAUGGAGCAAGAGAGCAGCUUAAGAGUUAAUCUGCCACAUUAUUAACUCUACGGUGGAUCUAUUUGUUUGUAGCGUCCCUGAGUGCUGAUGGAAACAGGAAAUGUAUUUUAUCCAGCAGCGUUAUGCAAUUCUUCAUCUAAUGUUGUAAAUCUAAAAUUGUAAUUUGUAAAAGUUCCACCUGAGCUGGCCUGUCGACACUUUCCACACAGUAAAUGUGGUAAUAAGCCUUAUUAAUCGUCUCUGCUCAUGUCAAGGUUUAUCAAUAUUGUCCAUGUACUGUACAUCACCCGUCUACAAGAGAGCUGAAUUACACUUUAGAUGUGAAGUUAAAAGUAUUGGAAAAGUACCUUUUAGAUAUCUUAAAGUGAUUAUAUGAGAAUUUUUAACAAAAUAGAUUUUUUUGUCUUAUUUUUUCAUGCCUAUUCUCUUUUCAGUUACAUUUCUUGUCUGUUAUUUCAGCCUUCUGGUGAAGAGGACACCAAGGAGUUCAGGCUACAGACCAGACUGUGAGCACCCUUAUUCUCACUUUACUUAAAGCUCCUGUGAGGAACUUUUGGUCUGUGUCAAAUUUUGGCACUCCCUGUGGAUAACACAGUUUAAGACCAUCUUGUCCUCUACAUGCAUAAAUUGGGACUUUUGACUAAAUGCUCACCCCUCUGACUUUUGACAGUCAAAUGUGUUAUUGAGAGUGAAUAUUUAAUGUGGAAAUAAAAAAGAAGGCUAUUUCUUAGCUGACCGGUUGAAACUUAACCUCUUGUACCAUUUUAAGGCAUUAAAGAACAUGGUAAAAAAAAUCAUUGGUCUUGCCACAAUGAUCUUUUUAGCUUGAGGACAUUGUAAAAAGGCUUCAGUAUGAAUUUCAGUCUACACCAUGAAUGUGAAAAAAUUCUUGAUAGGGGCUUUAAACACUGGACAGUAGCAUACUUUGUCCUCUAAUGUAUGGUAGUGUUCAUUUCAAGGCAGUCUCUCACAUACAGUAUGUGUCUCAUCCUUUAAAGGCUGGCAGAAAGCAGUGCUUUCCAUGCAGGAUUAAGAUUAAUUUCAGGAAAGACUACUCCUAAUGUGGCUGAGCCCGGCCCUUUCAGGCCUGAUAACCUCCUGCUCAACUGUCUCCAGUUAUGUAAUGCUUUUAGCGUUGAGUUGGAUAAUCUCUUUAAGACUGUCCCUCAAGGACAGCUGUUGUUGUCGACUUGCCUCUGUUUUACAGAUUAAGUAGAACCUAACCCAGACAGUAAGAGAGCAUUUCAGCCUGCACUGAACUGAUAAAGACUGCUGGUUUUCUUUACAUGACCGACAUUUCUGGCAUUUCUGUGUUGCAGAUAUUGGUUUCGAGGUGCCUGAUGCCUUUCUGGUGGGUUAUGCUUUGGACUACAAUGAAUACUUCAGAGAUCUCAGUGUAAGUUUGCUGCAGUCUGUUAGUUCAUCUAACAUGCAGUACACCAUUUGGUUUUUCAAAGAGCUAAAUGUCUACUUAAAAUGCAUGUAUUCAAAACAAGUUCUCAGUCUUUACUAAGUGGUUUGUUUUUAAUUUCUUUCCCAGCACAUCUGUAUACUUAAUGAUCAAGCCAAGGAGAAGUACAAGGUGUGAGAAGAUAUUAUGCUGCAAAGGCGAAGGCUCAAUCAGAGUGUUUUGAAUCUUAUUUAUUUUUCUACACAUAGAUCCACAAAGUGUGUGGGCUGUAAAUACCAAAAACAAGGAAUAUUUAAUUUCCCCUUAAUGAAUAUGUGGGAUCACUGAUGUAUGAUAACAUUUUAGUUGUUUAAUAUUAAUUUGUGUAUUCAUUUCUGUUGAUCCACUUUUAUCUUGGAGAUUAAAGAAAAGGAUAUGUAAUAGAUUUGUACUGGCUCAGACUAGCCUGCUGUCUGCUUUACGUCCAGUGAGCCGUCUGUUCAGCUAAAGAGGCCCUUGGUUUGAAUAUGAUUUUUGUUGACUGAAAAUGCUUCAGAUAUCUUCUCAUUAUGCCAUACUAUGAAUGACUUGGAAUGUACUGUAACUUUGUUUUAUUUCAUGUACAAUGUUUUCACCUAGGACCUGUUUACAGCCAAGACUGUCUGGCUGCAGACCUCAACUGUGAGGCCAGGAAGUGCACUGAAAUUACCAAAUAAAAUCGGGUAGACACUUCCUA